AUGAGCCUCUCUUCGCAGUUGACGAGGUCACUAAACCAGGCUACCCAGGUGGGGGAUAUCCCAGUGACUAUGCUGAGGCUCAUGUUCCGUCUCACGAUGGUUGUUCCACGAAACUUGGGCACCGCAAAAGACGACAUUUACGACUUCCUUCUUACGCACAACAUCCACGAUGUUCAUGUCAAAAUCGUGCAUUAUGAGCUCUGUUUUCAGCCCUCACUAUUUGCUAUUGACCCUAGUCAUCAAGCCGUUGAAAUUUAUGAAAGGGCGAAAAGCAAGCUCGUUGAACAACUUGACGCCAAUCUUAGUGCUUCUUGGAGAGUUCUCUGCCUGUUCAAUGUGGGGCGCACUGAGGAAAACGCGGUCCCAACUGUCGUCGUUAUGGUGGACCCAGGCACCGUGGUUGAUUUCGCAAACAUCCCAGAAAUGGGUUUUUCCAUUGGUGUCAAGGGCGAACGCGGUGGAGGGACUUUGGGAGGCUUUGUGACGCUGAGCCAGAACGGAAUUACCCGUAAGGGUAUCCUUACGAAUUACCAUGUUGUUCGGCCACCGAGCUCUGCGGACGCGAAUCUGCUUCUGCAGGCUGAUCGCCUUGGGUCCUCAAUUCUGAGGCCUGACGAAACACAAGUCGACGUGCUGUACUUGGCUGAUAAAGACGUGAAAGCAACGUUGCAAGACGCCAACAACUCUAUUCGAUCUGUAGAAGAGGAUCUGGAGAGGAUACGAGCAGAGCAAGAAGAACGUAGAGUUGCUGGGGCGAGACCUUCUGUGCGACUUAAAAACACAAUUGAAAGUUUCGAGAACCAAAUCGUCGAGUGGAAAGAAAAACGCCAGAUUCUCCAAUCAAUGCCUGUCAACCUUGGCAAAGUUUUAGUUUCAUCAGGAAAAUCACUUGUGACAAACCGUAUCAUCGACUGGGCUUUCAUAGAAGCCACCUCGGACAAAGUAGGUAGAGCAACGGACCUCACAGCCGGCAUUUGCAACGGCACCCUGGCUUUUUGCAAUUGGGGCAAAAGCGAUCGAACGGAAGAGUAUGUAAUUGUAGACAAAUCGACUGAGCAGCCAGGCCAUACGCAGUCCUCCUUUUGUGCCGCCGGUGAUUCCGGCUCUUUCAUUAUCGACAGGCACGGGAAAAUAUGCGGCCUUCUCUACGGGGAGAUGUCUGGUCUCUGCGGUCCUCCUGGCGAUCAGACCAUGUACAUACGUCCAGUCCGGUCUGGCAACGUCAUGCGAGAUAUCAUCCAUUCAAUCGAAUCUCGCACCACACCGCGAGAUAGUGACGGCAAGCCAACUGGCGAGCCCGCGAUUCUUGGUCUCCCAGAAUGA